GGGGGCAACCAAACAAAACCGAUAACCAUCGCCAAACUUGGACGGUCGGGUGGAACCGAUCUAACCCUCGAUCCGUUUUUUAUUAAAACUCUCAUGUACCCCUCCGCGCGUUCUGAAUGCAAUUACAACGUUGCCGUCUUUAUAGCUCCAUUUUUAUUACCCUACCAAACAACUCGCAAAUCACUGCCGUCUCUCUUCUCUUGUUCUCCGUCUCCACCUCCUCGGCUAAUAGCACCCACGGCCUCGCCCUCUCGGAGUCGGCACGGAAGGUAUCGUAAUCGUAUCCCUUCCUCUCGUCCUCUCGGACUCUGCACGGAAGGUAUCGUAAUCGUAUCCAUUCCUCCUACUUCGAACGCCAUCGACAGCGAUAUCCCAAGUUUUCUCGUCAUGUUCUCCGGCCGCAGAAGUAGGGGGAAGGGGGAUUCCGUACUUUCUUGCGGUGGCGGUAGCGGUGGCCGUGACAUAAGACAUCUUUUUGAUGACAAGGCUCAGUAGUUAAACUAAAUCAUUAUAGUGGUCUGGAGGUAAUAAAACUUUGAUAACAAGCAUGUGGCACCUGCUACAGAAACAUCAAAUGCAUGACAUGAGAUCAGAACAAGGCCUUAAUCACCUUCAUCCUAAUGACUGCAUAUUUUUAGGCAGCUCUGUGAACUCCACAAAUCAGGGCAUACCUCCAGUCCUUCCAGCUUCAGGGAAUUCUGCAGAUCUUCAUCUUCAAUUUACAGAUCCUUAUAGAAUAAACUGCAUCACAGAUCCUUAUAGAAGAAACUGCAUCCAUGGAAAUCACUAUAAUGGAAUGCAAUAUUGCCAACCUGUCUCAAGCAAUUAUGUAGGCGAGGUUGCUCCAGCAAACUUCUAUAAUCCUUGCAUGCCUUCAUCUUCAAGUAGACUUCUGUCUAUACCUAUAAAUAAGAGGUCUGUUGAUCAUGUGCUAUCCUUCACUAAUCAAGGGGCUUUUGGAACUGUCAUGAAUGAUGGUAGAGAUAACUACAUUGAUAGUCUUAAUGAGCCUGGCAAAAGAAAGAAUGCAGAAGUUGUUGCAGAAAACUUUGACUAUUAUAAUCCAGUAGAGAACUCAAAUUUUUCCUCUGCUUAUCUCUCCCUGAAUUCUGAACUGCCACAAUGGCAGGACCCAUAUAAUUAUGGUGGAUCAAGUGUCACAGCUUUUACUGCACCUGGAUACCAAGCUAAUGGAAUUUUAACAACCACAGAAGAUUCUCAUGGACUUGUAAAGGACAGAUCUAGUGUCAUCAGCCUUCAGCCUGUGCCUCCAUUUUCAUGUCAUUAUAACUAUUUUCUUCAAGGGAAUCAAAUGGAUCAGUCCUUUCAACCUUCGAGUAAUGCUUUGGUGGAGCAGUAUGGAAAUUAUGCUGGUGAUCGGAGAGCUUCCACAACUUAUAUGGAUGGGCAUCUAGAAGUUGCAGAUUCAAGUGGACGUGAAUACCAGGGCAAUUCAUCCAACAGAUAUGCUGCAUUUAAUAUGCAUAAUCCAUCCUUUCCUAAUGCUUAUCAAAAUUAUUCACCUAUGCAAAUCAUGCAAGUCCAAAGUUAUAGUCAUCACACUCAAUUGCCAGCACCAUCUUACUGGUAUCCAUUCGACAACAUGCAUGCAGACAAUGUGUAUGCUCUGAGGGAUGAUCAAGAAUCAUGUUCAAGAUUUGUAGGGCCCAUGCCAUGCAUAUCCGAACUGAUAUAUGUUCCUCCAAUCUUUGGGACAGUUCCUGAAAUUAGCUAUGAUCUUAGAAAUCCACUGUUCGAGGAUGCUUCUAAGCUCAUGGAGAUUGCACAAUUCUAUAGUUUCGAGGAUUCCGUUGACCAAUAUAGUGAUAUGCGAAUGGAUAUAGAUGACAUGUCAUAUGAGGAACUUCUGGACUUGGAAGAAAAGAUUGGAGAUGUCAAAACUGGUUUGUCAGAAGAGUUCAUCUUGAUGAAUUUAAGGACAAGUAUGUAUGUCCAGCAAUCAACAUCCUCGUCACUGGGUUCAUUGUCCCAAUCAGCAUCUGAGAAUGGAACUUGCAUUGUUUGCCAGGUAGAGUACGAGGAGAAUGAGAGGAUAGGAACUCUGGAUUGCGGUCACAGUUAUCAUGCAGACUGCAUAAAACAAUGGCUGUUUGUUAAAAACAUUUGCCCAAUCUGCAAAGCACCGGCUUUGGUGGCCGUUAAAAAGAAUGUAUGAGCUCGUGGAGGAACCAUUGGAACUAUUUGUCCAAGAAUGAUUUUCCCCCCUCAUUUUUGAGGUUACAUUUUUUAAGAAAAUUCAAUGUAUCUCUGUGAAUAGAGAUGUUGGAUUGAUCUGCCCCUUGCACUCAAUGACCCUUCAUAAAUGUUCGGGCGAACAUGCUCUUUGCAACCGUAUGUAAACAAAGUGGCAUGCGUGUUUGAUUCUAAUUGCACACCAUAAAAUCAGUUUUUUAUGGUUAACAAUAUUUCUUUUGA